GGCAUAUCUUUAAUAGAAUAAAUGAAUUCUGAAGUUGGACUUAUAAGAAGAAGGGAGGAGCUUCGCAGGAACUCCACGGUGGAGAAAUUUUAGGUAAUGAAAGGGAAAACCAGAAGCCUAAGGUGCCUUCAUGGCUGAAGCAACUGAUCAAGCGUUAAGGUUUGCAGAGAAUUUGUCUCUCCCUUCGGUGCAAGUAGUUGUGGUGAGUGCCAAUAUGGGCUGCAGCCACUGCCAGCAAAGGGUCUCAAAGAUUGUCUCCAAGAUGAAUGGAUUGCUGGACUACAUGGUGGACAUGCGCAAGAAAGAAGUAACAGUUAGGGGAACUGUGAGCAGCAAAAAGAAAAAGAGAUCUCCACGCUCCUUGGGCUUAUUUAAAAUGACGUGCUUCCGUCCCUUCUAAGAUCGCCAGGUCUCAUUUGCUUUGGAAGUGAUUACCUUGCAUUAAAAGAAAAUUUGUACUACAAUAGCCACAGGGUGUUGGAAACUUGUAUUUUUGUCAUUUUAUUUGUAAAGCGUGAGAGUUAAACAUAUAUUAUUUUUGCUGUAAAGAGAGAGAAUUAUCAUUUUCUACUGCUAGGAUAUCAUCUCAGAGUAAUUUGUUUUCCUAAAUUGAUCUACUGCUAGCUCUAGCAUGCAAGGUGAGUUGGUACAUUAAAACCAAUUUAAGGGAUUUUACUUUUUGUUA